UUAUUACCGUCGCCGACGCGGUAUUAAACAUCGAACGCUCGAAUGCGAGCAGGCUUCAUCCCAUCAACUACCCCGCCGACAUGUUUUCAUUUCGUGAUAAUAAUAUUCUCGAGUUGUGAACGACCGAAUUACAGUGAAUACACCGAAUAUUGAGAUUGUUCGUGAAUAAUAGCAGUUUUGGACACUACUCGGCAUUGUAACAAGACGUGUGGACGUAUUUUAGUGCACUAAUUUACCGUAUAGUGCUAUUAGUGCAGUUAUUGCAGUAGUCGUAGUCGUCGUCGUCGAUCACCAACACACGCGACUUUAUUGAUAAUAAUAAUUUAAAAAUACGAUUACACAACAAACACACGUCACACACACACACACACACACACACACACACAAACACACACAAACACACACACACACACACACUCUCACACACACAUCUCCGAAACCGGUAAGAGGAGAAAUAAUAUCACAUAUAAUUCACAUUAUUGUUCAGAACUGCAGAAGGCAACGACCAGCGCUCGGCAACAACAAACCGCCGCCGCCGCCGCCGCCGCCGCCGCCGCCGCCGCCGCCGAUUCCACAUUUUGUCGUCCGUUUACAGUGCGGUACUUACUCAGCAUCCGUUCCGAUAUCAUCUCUUUUAGUUUAGCGCAAUAUUAAUAUGUCUGUGUUACCGCGGAGAAUACUCAAGGAGACCCAACGUCUGAUGCAGGAACCGGUGCCCGGAAUCAGUGCCAAACCGGACGAAGGAAAUGCCAGGUAUUUUCACGUCAAAGUCACGGGGCCCGAAGACUCGCCAUUCGAAGGGGGCCUGUUCAAGUUGGAACUAUUUUUGCCCGAAGACUAUCCAAUGUCAGCGCCAAAGGUUCGCUUCAUCACUAAAAUAUACCAUCCAAAUAUUGACCGACUUGGAAGAAUAUGUUUGGACAUACUUAAAGACAAAUGGUCACCAGCGUUGCAGAUACGUACUGUUCUUUUGUCCAUACAAGCGUUGUUGAGCGCACCAAAUCCAGACGAUCCAUUAGCAAACGAUGUAGCUGAACUGUGGAAAGUUAAUGAAAUUGAAGCCAUACGCAAUGCUAAGGAAUGGACACGCAUGUAUGCCUCAGAAAACUAAACAGUACGCUUUAAGUGAGGAGUAUAAAAAUAAAGUUAAAGGUUAAUAAUUAUAAUAAUAUAAAAUACUCUGAAUGAAAACCAUUCUAAAUCGAGCAAUAUACUUAUAUAUUUUUUUCCAACAGUUGUCUUUUAACUAAUGGAAAUUUAUUAAGAAUUAUAGAAAAUGGUAAUGAUGGAAUAUAAUUGUUAACAUAUUGUUGUUCCCUCAAAUUGUAUUAUUAUGCCUUUGGUAUGUAAUCACAAUGAUAAUUUAAAAGGGUAGGAAGUUUUACUAGCCUAUUCCACUGAAUGAAAUAUAGAACUGUUAAGUCAUCAGUGAAUACUAGUAAUUUACUUAUAUAUAUUUAUGUAAAACUUAUGUAUUUUCAUUUUAAUGUUGUAAUGCUUUUCAUCAGUUAUAUCUUAAUUUAAACUUGUUCGUAAUCUUUUAUUAUUCAAUUUUUUUUUUAUGAUUAUUAUUAUAUUGCUGAGAUUCAUCAUUCUUGUGUGAAUAAAACAUUUAUUUAAGACUUACCUAGCCUUUGAGUAAACUAUUAUGCACCCAAUGGGAAUGUUUAAAUCACUAUCCUAAACACUGGUUUUUUUUUACAGUUAAAAAUACAUUUAUUUGGCCUUCAAAUACACAUUUUUUUCAUUAACCUUA